CCGGACACUCUCCCCCUCCGGCACAAAUAGGGGGGAGGGUCCAACAUUUCACAAACGUUGGACCCCCACUCGACUUCGUGCAGCAAUGUAGACCCUCCCUGGAACGAUCACUUGCUUAGUGUCUGAUGUUAGGGGAUCCAGUUGGUGAUAUGGCGAUGAAAGCUGUCUGUUUGUUCGGUCGGUCUUUGCGUAUGUUUGCCCGUCCAGGAAGGAAACCAAGGACUUCAGGAGAUGGGAAGAAAAGGGUCAACAACAGGUCCAAACUCUACCGUGAUAAGCUUUGGGCUCUUGACUGGGUGGGUGGCACCCAUGAGGCCGGAUGUGGUGCUAUAGUUUUGUUGACGGAAGAUGGAGGUCUGAAUUGGUACUGUUGUGGUGGCAUCAUGAAGUCCGAGGGCGAUAAGGCGACGACGGAGAAGGGCAAGGUUGAUGACAGCGACUUGAGGAAAUUCCAUCUCACUUCCGUUUACGAUGAACAGGGCACCGACUGGGUCGGCGCCGACAAGAAAGUCAGCCUCGACCUAGCCCUGUUUAAAGGGUACGGUCAGAGGGCGUUCGAUAUGAAACCCUUCGAAGCGAAGGGGGGUGGAAGUGAAUUUCGGAUGGUUCAUCCGGUGGAUUUUCUUAACAAAACAAACAGCUAUAGAAAAUGUGGUCAGUACCCGAAGGUAGACGUCGGUCAUCAGUUCACAGGACCGCUUGUCCCGUACGACACUCCGGUCCAGGGUGUCGCUGGCGUUUUGCAGUCUUGUGGGGAAGCACGCCAAGUGCCUUCAACUUCUCAGCAACAUUCAGACGUUGCUCAGAAGGUAAUUACGUAUUCCAGGCGGUCGGGGGCAGGUUCAUCGGAUAAGGUUGCGAAGAGGAAGCAACUCGCCACACCUCCACAAAAACUACAAGGACCUGCAGCGACUACUGGCACUUCACACUCGCGGCAGACGGAUCUUCAAGCCGUCAACCAACGGUCUGAGGAGCAAACGGAAACGGAGGAGGAUGUUGGGUUCUGCGGACGGGACGUAGGGUCCUUGGAGGACUCACGAGACGGGGGCGCCGGAGGAGACAGCGAAGGGAACGUGGAACUCGAACAACGUCCUGGUGGCAGUGGGCGAUGUGGUGACGACUGUUCGGAUGAGGAAUACAAUGACAGGAACAAAGUGAAAUGGGAAACGCUUGGCGAAGCCGCCAAGAAACGUAAAGAAGGCAGCUGUUUUCGCAAAACAUCGCAACCUAAGAGGGCUGCAUGCUCAUCAAGGCUUCCCAAGUCAGAUGAUUCAAGCGAUGACGCUGAAGGGGUGGGUCGUCGUCGGCCUGACCUCAUUGCCGAGGACGAAAUGGAAACGAAGAGGCCCCGUGCGGUCGACAUGACACGGUGCUUCUUUCUCGAGUACGAUGAAGAUGGCAGGAAAAGAAAAGACGUGUCAAGGGUUUGCAUAGAUGUCAUGUCGAUUCUUCCGAUUCCCGAUGGGGAUAUCACAUUCAACCAGCGGUCGCUGAACAAGGCAAUUGUUGCAGGUCUCAAUGCAGCAAUUGAUAGGUUCACUGCUCAAAGAGGUAUGAAUGAUGAUGCUCCGUGGGAACCGCCGGAGUUGAUACUCGCUCUAAUUACGCCUUGUGCGGAUGACCCCAAUGUCCAAGGAACAUGUGUUCUUCCGGAGGACUUUGAUUGGAGGCGUGCAAAGGAAUACUUCUAUUACCCGGUUGCUGGGCAGCACAGCUAAGAGGCCAUGAAAAGGACGGUACGUCGGGGAUCUCCUGCUAUUGACAUAUACGGUUUGCAUGAUUAUGACCGAUUACGCGUUGUUUACUUU